AGCAGCAAAAUGGCUUAGUUCGAAGGAUGGUUGUGGGCGAUGGGCGGCGCGCCAUAGCGCGCCAGGUCUUGGACCGACCAGCCCAAGGUGAGGGCGCAAGCCCAGCAUGGAGUGCUUGCAGCCACCCCCACCUGCACGUCCGCCGGCCGUGACACCGCCACCACGAAAUCCACAGAGGUCUGAUUCUGGUGACGAUGUACGCAAGGUGCAGAGCGCACCACCGACCGGUUCUCAAGAGGAAACCGACCCGAUGAUGGCAGGCAGGCACUCCAAAUUAUACCAGCGGCGCAAGGAAGUAGAGGCAGAGUUGAGGAAUCAAUUUAACUUGCCGGAGGAAGCAGUGGCAGUGCUAAGCAAAUUGCGCUCCAGGCGCUCUGAGAACCCUUAUGGCUGCCCGCCGCCUGUGCCGAAACCCCGCAUCAGCAAGUCGAAGCUGCCGCCAAUCCCAAAGCCAUCUGAACAACAACACGCCCGUUGGGGUUUGGAUGAAAGCCCAGAACCACGCAAGGCAGAGGCCAAAGAUGAGCCGCCGUGGUGGAAGUUGGAGCAGGAAAACCUGGCCAGGCGUAACCACGAGCGGGAGUCUCAUUUGGCGGGCUCUGAAGAGCCUCGUUCAGCAGCACAAGAUGCUGCUGGCUAUGUGCAGGGCCACCUGGACCGCUCCUUGCACAAGCGGCCACAAAGUUGGCGCAUGCGUAGGCCUGAGCAGAACGGGCCAGCUGACCGCUGGCAAAGCCAAGCCUCACACGAAGCAGAAGGCGAAGGCUUCAAGGAAGAGCCAUGGCAAGCCAAGGCGAAGGAGCUGGAGGAGAUCGCCAUGGCGCACCGGCGGCGCCAUGAGGAGCUGAAGAGACGGCGGGCGCAGGCUGAGGCUGAGUAUGAUGCGGAAGCCAGGGAGGCAGAGGACCGCCAUCAAUGUGGGAAUGUGGCAAGCCGCGGAAAGCAUUCCCAGGAGUAUUUGAGAGAGCUCCGCCACCGAGAGGAGCAACGGUUCGAGGAGAUGAGGCAGGAAGAGAUGCGCAAGCUACAGAGGGAUCGAGAUGAGGCAAGGAAGCGAAGACAGGAGCAGGAGGAGUGGGAGAAAGAGAUUCGGCGUCAAUUCGCGGAGGAGGCGGAACAUCUGAGAGCGGCUCAGUCAAAGCAGCAGGAGGUUGAGGAGGAGCAGCAAAGGCAAUGGCAAGAAGGAGCGCGGAGACAAGAGGCCGAACGAGAAGAACGGCGACGUCGGGAGGCUGAGAGACAUGAAAGACAUCGUGCUAGACAGGCCGCACGUCGGGCUGCGCAGGCGAAGGCUGAUCAAUCGCCGGAGCCGCCAAGAACCGGGCAGGAGCAGGUACCGCCACGCCCGGAAUGCAGAAAUCGGCAUGAUGCGGACCCCCGCCGCGCGUCAUCCCAGCCGCCCACCAGCCCUCAUGCGCCGCCGCGGCCGGCUCCUCCGCCGCCAGCCCCAGGACGUCAUGAGUCCAGAUCCCACCUCCGGGCGAGGAGCGAGCAGGUCUUCCGAGAGUCCAAGAAGUUCUCCACGGGUGAACUGCAAGCAGCUAAAUCUUCUGCGAUGCGUCAGUUGCAAUCUUUGAAGCAGAACCCUUCCCGCGAAGCUCGCCAGAAGGGCUUUAAGGAUCUCCUUCGAAUGUGGCAUCCUGACAAAAACCCAGAGAGUUCGGAAAUCGCCACAGCCGUGUUUCAGAUGAUUCAAGCAGAAAGAAGCCGGGUCUUGCCCAAAUGACCUGGCCAGGUGAAACGUCAUUGAAGCUCGUAUCAGUAAAAAGGCAGAUUACUGAUCCGAGCUCCCGUGUUUGGCGCUGUACAGAAUGCUUCUCGCAGUAAGUAGUCGAGGCAAUCCGUCCAAUGGGGCAGGAAGCCUGGCCUGUAGAACAGUAGGCUUUACAUCGGUUCUCCGCAUGA